CUAGGGAAUAGAGGGACCCACCAUUUCUUUCAUUGUUCUUACCACAAUGCUACUAUUUCCUCAAUGCUGAUCCACCAUCAUCCUUUCCGUUUCUUUCAAAAUUCUUCCUUUCUCAUUGUGUUUCAUGAUUGUACGCUCUCAUCUCAUCUUGUUUGAAUGACAUGACAACUGAGAAGUAUCGCUGCUUUCUUAUCACACUCUACCACGUGGCCUCAUACUUCGGUGUUGCAAUUAUGGGGAUGCAUGAGAUUUAUGUAUUGAGGACGGAAUGUAGUGGAAUAGCAUAGGGCUUAAUUACUAAGUAUGUCCGUACACUAAUGGUGUGCAGGGAAGAGAGACAGAGAGAGGGGGGUUGUCGCGUGCGAGUGUGAGAGAUGAAAGAGGCCGUUAAAGUUGCUUUCGCAUCGCGCGGGUCAAAACCCGCUGACAGCUCCUCCGUAACAAAGGUCGCACUAUCUACGAAUUCACCAGAGAUAAACACUGUACCGUCCUCCGUAAAUUUAAUCACUGAGAGGGGGAGAGAAUUAUACAUGAAAUAUAUAUAUAUAUAUAUAUAUUGUACUUUUGAGGAGAGAAAAUUCAAUUCUAUUCAAGUUGUUGAAAUAAAAGAGGGAAUGAUGUAAUUUUGAAGUUGGUUCCGAAAGAAAUACUUGGCAUGGGGCACAUUGGGAUUUUAAUAUUUAAUGGUUUGUCUGUCCCCCAAUCUUUGCCAAAAACGGUGUAAAACUCAUGAAAGCUGAGGACUUUUCAGGUCGCCUUCUUCUAUCAAAGAGGACCCAGCUAUUAUUAAUUUUAUUAUUAUAAUUUUCUCCCUUACCUUGCCUUGUUCAUGGAUCCCAAGGGCUCAAAAAAGCCAGAUGAGGCGCCCAACAACAAGUUCUUGAGUCUCCCACGGCCACAAUCCAACAUGGGGGAGAACAAUAAAGGGCCGGCCGAAGUGAGGGAUUUCCAGAUUUCCAUUGCAGAAAAAGAAGAAAACAGCAAGAACAAGCAGCUAGCCCCCAAGAGAGCUUCCAACAAAGAUAGACACACCAAGGUGGAAGGCAGAGGCAGAAGAAUUAGGAUGCCUGCACUGUGUGCGGCUAGAAUCUUUCAGCUGACCAGAGAAUUGGGUCACAAAUCUGAUGGAGAAACCAUUCAGUGGCUCCUCCAGCAGGCGGAGCCGUCGAUAGUCGCAGCCACCGGAACCGGGACGAUACCGGCAUCUGCUUUAGCCGCAGCUGGGGGCUCUGUUUCGCAAGAGGGGACCUCUCUAUCUGCAGGAUUGCACCCAAAAAUGGAUGAAUUAGGGGGGUCCAAUAUAGGGUCAGGCAGUAGGACCAGCUGGGCAAUGGUUGGUGGGAAUUUGGGGAGACCCCAUGUGGCCACAGGUCUAUGGCCUUCUGUCAGUGGAUUUGGGUUUCAGUCAUCAUCAUCUUCUGGUCCAUCUGCACCUAGUUUAGGGUCUGAGAGUUCAAAUUACCUACAAAAGAUUGGGUUCCCUGUCUUUGACUUGCCUGCAGCAUCAGCCACAAACAUGGGUCCUAUGAAUUUUGCCUCAAUCUUGGGUGGGAGUAGUAACCAGCAGAUUCCUGGUUUGGAGCUGGGGCUGUCUCAAGAUGGUCCCAUAGGGAUUUUGAACCCACAAGCCUUGACCCAGAUUUACCAGCAGAUGGGUCAAGCUAGAGUUCACCUACAGCAGCAUCAGCAUCCUCCUGCUGAGGAUGAUUCUCAAUGUUCUGCAGGGCAGUAGAUUUUUCUGAAUGAGUUUGGAAAAAAAAAUGUAGCAAUGUCCAGAGGCUGAAGUUUCAACGAUGGCUUCUGUGCUGUAUAUUUUGGAAGACGCCAGGACAUGGAUGCCUCAGAUUCAGAGCUUCCAAUAGGACCUGGAUUUGGUUUAUCCCUUCUUGUUUCUGCACUGCAGUACUCAAGUCGCCGGGAACAGAUGGAAUUGCGCUGCCAGAUGGCUUGGGUUUGGGCUUAAAACUCUUGUUUGAUUCAGAGGUGUUAUUUAUGAUCACUAUGUAAAGCGUCAAUUAUUCUGUUUCUCUCUUGUUCAAGGAGUGCUUAUCUAUUUGUGAGUUUGAUGUUACAGAUUCAUAAUCAUAUUUUCCAAA